CACAGAUGCAAUCCUCCUUGUGCAGUUUCUGUUGACGUGGUAACACAGGCUGUUAUGUAUUUAGGUUGGGAUAUUCAUGACUAAAAGUUUGUGAAGCAGUACCGGAGACCAGAAACCAUGCUGGACUUUGCCAUCUUUGCUGUGACGUUUGUCAUUAUCUUAGUCGGCGCUGUUCUUUAUCUGUACCCGUCAUCCAGGAGAGCCUCUGGGAUCCCGGGUCUCAACCCCACAGAUGAAAAGGAUGGGAACCUGCAGGACAUAGUGAACAGAGGCAGUCUGCACGAGUUCCUUGUCGGUCUGCAUCAAGAGUUUGGAGCUGUGGCCUCGUUUUGGUUUGGAGGUCGGCCGGUGGUCAGCCUGGGGUCUGUGCAACAGUUGCGGCAACACAUCAACCCCAACCACUCGACUGACUCCUUUGAGACGAUGCUGAAGUCGUUGUUGGGUUACCAGUCUGGAAUGGGAGGCGGGGCUACUGAAAGCAUUUUAAGGAAAAAGUCAUAUGAGACCGCCAUCAACAACACGUUAAAGAACAGCUUCCCUCUUGUGCUCAAGAUGGUGGAAGAGCUGGUGGAAAAGUGGAAGUCAUUCCCGGAAGAUCAACACAUCCCUCUGUGCGCCCAUCAGCUGGGUCUUUCCAUGAAGACAGUCACUCAGCUGGCUCUGGGUGAGAGCUUCAGGGACAACGCUGAGGUCAUUUCCUUCCGCAAGAACCACGAUGCAAUCUGGUCAGAAAUUGGAAAAGGCUACUUGGACGGCUCCCUGGAGAAGAGCACCAGCAGGAAAGGACAUUAUGAGAAGGCUCUGUCAGAGAUGGAGUCAAUGCUGCUGUCAGUGGCGAGGGAGAGGAAAACCCAAAGGAAGCAGACAGUGUUUGUGGAUGCUCUGCUUCAGUCCAGCCUCACAGAGCGACAGAUCAUGGAGGAUUGUAUGGUUUUCACUCUGGCAGGGUGCGCGAUCACUGCCAACUUGUGUAUUUGGGUGCUUCACUUCCUCUCCAGCUCAGAGGAAGUUCAGGAGAAACUGCACAAGGAGCUGGAGGAGGUUUUGGGUUCAGAUCCAGUUACCUUUGACAAAAUCUCUCAGCUCAGAUACUGCCAGCAGGUUCUGAAUGAGACGGUGAGGACGGCCAAACUGACCCCCAUUGCGGCUCGGCUGCAGGAAGUCGAGGGCAAAGUCGAUCAGCAUGUCAUCCCUAAAGAGACACUGGUCAUCUACGCUUUGGGAGUUGUCCUGCAAGACUCAGAAACCUGGAGCACCCCAUACAGAUUUGACCCUGAUCGAUUUGAAGAAGAGUCGGUAAAGAAGAGCUUCUGUCUGCUUGGCUUCUCAGGGAAUCAGACGUGCCCAGAGCUCAGGUUUGCAUACACUGUGGCUACCGUCCUGCUCAGCACAUUGGUGCGGCAGCUCAAGCUCCACCCAUUGAAGGGGCAGGUCAUGGAGGUCAGAUCAGAGCUGGUCUCCACACCUAAAGAUGAAACCUGGAUCACAGUCAGCAGAAGAAGCUAGUCUUUAAUCUGUUUGCAUCUUGACUGCAUAAUUACCAACAGAGUAUUUCUUGAAUGGUGAAGCCAGAGGAACACCUUUUUUUAAUCAACUUUUUGUAAUCCUAAUGGCUGGGAUCAAAUCAUUCAUGUGCAUCUCCCUUAGAGCCAUAAUGUUGGACUACAAGUUUCACAGCAUCAGUCUUCAAAUUAUUGUCUUCCCACUGCUUUUAACCAUGAAAUCAGAGGCCUUACACAUAUUACUGCAUCUGCUGACUGUCCACAGAGUAGAUUCUCACUCUUACCAUCUGUGAAAUGAGGUAGCUGCUACAAUGUAGAGAAAAAGACAUCAUGUGCUGCCAAGUAGAACUGCCUGGAAGUCAGUUUUGUUUGACUUGUGGUUUUGUUGUUUAUUAUGACAACCCACAUGGUUUUCAAAGAUGCCAUUCCCUUUUUAGACACCGCUAAAACUCAUAUUAUUAAAUAUGUAUGAGGAU